GUCCCUGGACGUGAUGCGCCGCCCGCAGCCCUCCGUCGAUGAGCCGACGUUCCCGAUGACGCGGCGCAUCGGCCAUCCGUACCAGAACCGCACCCCUCCCAAGCGCAAGAAGCCGCGCACCUCCUUCACGCGCCUGCAGAUCGCCGAGCUGGAGAAGCGCUUCCACAAGCAGAAGUACCUGGCGUCAGCCGAGCGCGCGUCGCUCGCCAAGACGCUCAAGAUGACGGACGCGCAGGUCAAGACCUGGUUCCAGAACAGGCGCACCAAGUGGAGUUUUUGUAAUGUAUAA